UUAGCGCGGGCGCUUCAUUGRUAUACCCUACAGCUGGCGGAGACAGAUUAGCCAUAAGUGAACGGCAUGAAGAAAGUGAAGAAGGCUCGAUGUCGAGGGUUUUAAAGAAGGCAAGAGUAUAGUUUAAAUAUUUUUAAGAGUCAGUGGCACACCAAAGACUUUACUUACAGCCAAAAUGCUCUGCCACGUUACUCGUCCGGAUUCGGUGGUGAUGGAAGUGGAAGUUGAUGCGAAGGCGAACGGUGAAGAUUGUCUGAAUAAGGUUUGCAGAAAGUUGGGCAUUAUUGAGGUGGACUACUUCGGGCUGCAGUUCACGGGCAGCAAGGGGGAGAACCUGUGGCUGAAUCUGAGGAAUCGCAUCUGCCAGCAGAUGGAUAACGUGACGCCCUGUCGACUCAGGCUGCGGGUCAAGUUUUUCGUUGAGCCCCAUCUCAUUCUGCAGGAACAGACGAGACACCUCUUCUUCAUGCAUGUGAAGGAGGACCUCCACCACGGUCAUCUCCACAUGGGCUCAGAGCAAGCGGAGGAGCUGAGUGCUCUCCUGGCUCAGGCAGAGUUUGGAGACUACAACCAAAACACGGCCCAGUACUGGUAUUCAGAGCUGUGUGGAGAGGAGCCCAGCACAGACACCCUCAACAGUAUCAUUUCCCGACACAAAGCUCUGGAAGGUGUGAGCCAGGCCUCGGUGGAGUACCAGGCCCUGCAGCUGGUCUCGUCUCUGGAGCAUUACGGCGUGGAGUGGCACUGGGCCCGCGACGCCGGCGGCCAGCGGCUGGCCAUCGGGGUCGGCCCCGAGGGCAUCGCCGUCUGCAAGGAGGACUUCACUUUAGUCAACAGAAUAAGCUAUCCCAUCAUCCAGAUUGCCACCCAGUCAGGAAAAAGUGUCUAUCUGACGGUGACCAAGGACACGAACGACAGCGUGGUGCUUUUGUUCAAGCUGAUCAGUAACCGGGCAGCGAGUGGUCUGUACCGAGCCAUCACAGAGACCCACGCUUUCUACAGGUGUGACACAGUUACCAACGCAGUGAUGAUGCAGUACAGCAGAGACUUUAAAGGCCACCUGGCUUCCCUUUUCCUCAACGAAAACAUCAACGUGGGCAAAAAGUACGUCUUCGACAUCAGGCGCACCUCCAAGGAAGUGUACGACCACGCUCGCCGUGCGCUGUACAACGCCGGCGUGGCGGACCUGGCRCGGCGCUCGGAAAGCGGGGAGCGUUCGCCGCCGCGCUCGCCGAGCCGGGACGAGCGGCCCGACAAGGAGGAGCUGGACUGCAGCAGCUGCCAGCAGAGCCGGGCCCUGCAGGAGCGGCUGCAGAAGCUCCGAGAGGCUCUGCUGUGCAUGCUGUGCUGCGAGGAGGAGAUCGACGCCGCGUUCUGCCCCUGCGGUCACAUGGUGUGCUGCCAGAGCUGCGCCAACCAGCUGCAGCUGUGUCCGGUGUGUCGGUCGGACGUGGAGCACGUGCAGCACGUCUACCUGCCCACCUGCACCAGCCUCCUGAACCUGACGCUGAACGACAACCACCAGCUCCACGGCAGCAUCCCCACCCCCAUCCGCAGAGACACGGCCUCUCCUCACAGCUGCUCCGACUACGAACACAAGCUCUACCACACAUAAACACACCAAACUCCACUCCCAACAUCAUGAAGCUGCUUGAGAUUUAACUCACAAACUCCUCUUUUUUUUAUACAAACUCCUAACUUCGUUUCCACUCAGCUUUGUGUUUUCCAACUGUCAGUUUCUCGUUUGUUCAUAUCUGCUAGAUUUAUUUUGUUGUUUUUAGGUUUUACUCUUUAAUAUUAUUGUUAAAUUAUUGCAUCAGUUGACCUGAUCGAGAAUUAUGCUUUUGAAUUUGUUUUUGGUUGCUUUCAUCCCUUCUUUGCUCCUAGAACACAAACCACAAAAGGAUCGUGUGUUAGAAUAGCUGAGCUCUGCACAUGUUGAUUGAAGGCAUUAUUUUUAAGUUUUUGACUUUUAAAAAUGUUUUGUUGUGAAUUGAACGUUAUGAUGUAGGAGAGUGGGAUGCUUGUUUUUUUUUUUAUUUGAGUGUGUUUUUAUUCACGUUUCAUGUCUUUCCAUGCCAAUGAGGGGAGUAUUUCGAGGUUCAGCAGUCCUGCUUUUGAAUAUAGCACUGGAUUAUAAUCUGAUACAAGAAGCUCAGACUCUUGUAAAAACACUCCUAAAAUCACUAGAACUCCAAAGCAGGUCUUGAACAUUGUCCAACAUUUAGACCGUGUGUUUCUACUUGUAUUUAUGUCCAUUUGAACAAAAGUCAAUGUGCAAACUCUUAGGUUUGACACAUAACUGCAGCUGCUGCCUCUCAUUACUUCAUCUAGAACGUUCUUCUCUGGGGUUUUACUAGUUUGAAGCUCUUGGGUUUUAUAAAGGGUACUAGAUGUAUAAGUGCAAUACUUGCUUGCGUUUUUUUCUUCUGCCAAGCUUUUCAUUCUCAGUUUUUAUUUAAAUUCAAAGACUUUAUUUAAUACAAAAAGGAGGAAAAAAAUGUUGCCACUUUAUUGUGGAAGUUUUCCACGUGUUUGUCAGAGGUUUGAAUUUAAUGUAGCAGAAAUGUAUUUUAUUAUUGCAAAAUUUUCUCAGACUUUUUUGUGUUUUAGUUCUGGUAAAGAUUAGUUUUUUUGUUUUUUUGUUUUCUUUAAUGCUGACACAUUUGAGCUCAGUCACUGCAGGGGAAAGACUUUUGUACAAGUAGCGGUUUGUUUCUGUUUUCUGAAGCAAAUGCCACUAUGCUGUGUUAAGUAACUCUUAGAAUGAAAGCCUUUUUUAUAUACUCUGCUUUUAACUAAAAGUAUUAAUAAAGUUCUUUUUUUUACAAAAAUA